CGUAUUAUUCGUAUUUCGCGUACAUUUUGUGACGAGACUUUUACUAGUGCUGCGAAUUCUGUUGGUUUAAUGCUCGAAGAACUGUUAAAUUGCUUGCCAGAACAUAUUAUUCUGUAUGUUAAUCCUGGCGAAGUGUUCUACUGUAGCUGUGACUAUUCUCCACCAAUUCCUAUUUGGCUUGGCUCUGUUAACGAAGAUCUUAGCUAUAACGAGCAAAAAGUUGAUGGUCAUUCACUGAUUCCUCCGCCGCCACUGCCGACCAGAGUCCCGCCUUUGCUUCCAACUGGAAUGGAUUUUACUGCUCUUGAUUGGCGUGUUAACUUAUCUUUGGUUUCUCCGAGAGAGCUGGGUUAUGAGUACACAAAUCCGGUAUUAAUUGUUUAA